CGACAUAUAAGGACAGCACAGUUUUAAAGGACAUCCUAGACACCAGGAACAGCUACAAAAGCCAUGAUGACAAGAAUGUUCUUGCCGACAUUCCUCAUUCUUAGCUUCGUCUCUCUCACCAGGGCAGACAACACCCAGACCAACAUCGUUUUUAUCGUUGCUGAUGAUUUAGGUUGGAAUGAUGUUAGCUGGACCAACCCAGACAUCAUCUCGCCGAAUCUCGAGAGAAUGGCCAGGGCGGGAAUCAUCCUCAACCAGAGUUAUGUCAUGCCAGUGUGUUCACCAUCGAGAAGCUGUUUUAUGUCUGGAAGAUUUCCGUACCACACGGGCAUGCAGUACGGUGUCAUCAAUUCGAAACAGCCGUAUGGUCUUCCACUGAAUCUUACCACCUUGCCCUCACUGCUGAAGGAUGCUGGAUACGCAACACAUAUUGUUGGAAAGUGGCACCAAGGAUUCUGUAGCUGGGCCUACACUCCCACCUAUCGCGGGUUCGACUCCUUUUAUGGAUAUUACAAUGCGGCGGAGGACUACUAUCAACAUUCUAUCCCACUGGAACCCCUUCCGCACACCACUGUGGGUACCGACUUUCGAGACGACAAAUUGCCAGUGAAGAACGAAAAUGGAUCUUAUUCAACGUAUCUUUACACAGAGAGAGUUGAACGGAUCAUCCGUCAACACAACACUAGCCAGCCAUUGUUUCUUUAUCUGCCUUACCAAAGUGUCCAUGAACCCCUAGAAGUUCCGAAGAAAUAUGAAGAAAUGUAUGCAAACAUCAAAGACGACAACAGAAGAAUAUUUUCAGGAAUGGUGACCAGCAUGGAUGACUCCGUUGGGUAUGUCAUGGCGGCUUUGGAGGACAGGGGCAUGAUGGACAGUACGCUUGUCAUCUUCACCUCUGAUAAUGGAGGGCAGUAUCGAAGAGGUGGCAACAACUUCCCUCUUCGUGGGAACAAGGGUACGCUCUGGGAAGGAGGAACUCGAAUCCCUGCUUUCGUCUACGGGAAUCUGUUGAAGAAAUCAAGGUUUACUUAUACGGGGAUGAUGCAUGCAGUGGACUGGUAUCCAACAAUCGUCGAAGUAGCUAAGGCAAAGCUUCCCGAUUACGACAUCGACGGGACCAGUUUAUGGCAGGCGUUGAAUGCCAACCAGUCAUCGCCGAGAAAUUCAUUUGUUUACAAUUUGAAUGUUAAAGGGCGGGACAAGGCGCAAGCGGGAAUAAGAGUUGGUGAUUGGAAGCUUCUCGUUGGUGACCCAGGGCCUGCCGCUAACGAUAACGGGUGGUACCCGCCACCUGCAGUCACGGAACAUAAGCCCUUCGACCCGGAGGGAGAAGCCUACGAAGAAAACGAAAUCAGGAUUAUGACGGACAUGAUGGACGAACAUAUGAAAGUAUCAAGUGUUCGGAGGGAAUCCCGGCCAAAGAAAAUACCAAAGUAUCAACUCUACAACAUCAGAGAUGACCCAACGGAACACCACGAUUUGUCACAACAAUUCACAGUCGUGUUGGCCCAGAUGAUAGCCUUCUAUGAAAAGUUGGCCGAGACGGAGACCGAGGCAAUGGAUCCCCCGGAGGUAGAAGGAUCCGAUCCAAAAUACUGGGGCGGGAUGUGGAGCCCAGGAUGGUGCUGACCCAGGCUUUAUUUAGAUGACUAUAGGGCCGUUUUCACGGGACCCAACCGAUCUAAAGCGAUCAGGAUCGAUCUGGAUCGGUUUAGAUUGGUCUGAUCAAAGUACGAGAAAAAUACGAGAUUUUGGGUUUAUAAUGUGAACCGCGAAUCUACUCCUUUUAACUCCUAUUUGCACAAACAAGUGCUCCAAGCAACUGCUUUAAUUCAUCACGAAAUAUCUUCAGCGAACUUGCGUAAAUUAGAAAGUUGAAACAGUAAUUGAUCAUUGAAAAAGACGUGCAGAACAAUGCUACCAUAACUAAAACUUGUACCUCUUCGGAAGUCCAUCCGAUAUAUACGCCAAGUAGGAAAUUGAAAUAAUCGGCGAUGCCCCAGGCGAUUAUAUAAGGUAGAGUAGUAAUUAGGUACAGUAAGCUCACGAAAAGAAGGCUGAUGAGACUAUUGGCGUCAGCCUUAUUCACGAGUGCCUUUGCCGAUGCUCUACGGGCAGACCACACCCCUAUGAUUAUUAGAACGUUCAGCACAAGUAUCGCUACGCAAGGAAACAUGAAUGGAACGAUGUGCUCAUUGACUUGAAUCAGUAGGUACCUCUCUACGUUUGUGAACUCUGGGAUGUCGAAGAAACACCAGAGGAUCUCGGUACCAGACAAAUGGGUAACUUUAAAAUAAGCUAAGAUGGGGAUGUUCACGACAAGCAUUGUUAACAUCAUCAAGCAAAUUGCAAGUCGACGUCUCCGUUUCGUCAUGAGAAUAUGUGUAUUGAGCGGGAACCACACUCCGAGACAUCUUUCUAGGGAGAACAAUACUAUGAGGUAAGACGAUGUGCAUGAGCUGACGCGGUAUUGGUAGCGGAAGACCUUGCACACGGCUUGCGCUCCGAUCGAAAAUGGAGAUUCGAAGAAGAAGUUCCCGGUGCUGAUGCCGAGUAUGCCGCUGACAACCCAUGAGUACGUCCCGUAGAUUAACGUAGACAAGUCCGCGGCUGCCAGAGGGGCGAGAUAACUCACCGUAACCUGAUCCUUUCUGCGAAUUCUCCAGAAAAUAACGAUUGACAGAGUGUUUCCAACGAGGCCCAGGAUGAUGACCACACCCAUGAUGUACUUGUUGGUAAACUCUGUCAAAUGACUUAUGAUUUGAAACAGGGAGGAUAGUUUCUCUGGUGGCAGGGUGGUUGGGCUUGAAAGUCGCAUCUCUUCCAUGGUCACCUGCAGUCCAGUUUGUGUGAACCUACCGCGCUACCUCAGUUCGAUGUUUGAUUGACUACUGUGUGGUUUGUUAAAUCUACUUCAGCACUUCCACCAUAGGGGUCCUUUAUGUCAGGUCUACAGGAGAAAGAGCUGUUGCCUGUGACAAUAAAUACUUGUAUACGCAGGUUAUUUUUGAAAACUUCCUGGUCUUCGAGGGAAAUCGUACGAGGAUUAACGCCGAGCAGAUCGGAGCAGUCAUCGGAGUAUGGAGAUGAAUCCAGCCCUGGUUGACGCUAUUGAAACACAUCAUGAUAAUACGUCUCUAAAUCUGGCAAUUCCAUUUUAUGGUUUUAUAUUCGUUUCAAUUUUACAUCUUCUAUUUGCGUACUCUUUGAAGUGAUUGCUUUAGUUGUGAUGUAACUUGAUGGAAGGCGUUAUACCUGCAAUGCAGCAAUACAGCAACUUUCUGCAUGGCAAAUAUUCAGUUACGGCAGGCGAAGCAGGUCAGUGUUUCUGAUAAAAAAAAAAUCCUCAUAAAAAAAUCAACUUAAAAAGAAGGUUAGUACAUGCAACCAUGCUCUUGCCUAAUGCUGGAAGUAAUGAUUUUCUUACGUGUUAAUGAGUUACGUUCUCUUAUCCUUACCAUAAGCCUAUUUGCGCGUUUAGACUGUACAGGAUAUGGAGAGAUAAAGCAAAAAAGAAUGGCCAACUUUGAUUCCAUCGCACGCCGCUGCGUACCAUUCAAGUCAGCGCUGCGUGAGUCGUCGAGUCAACCAUGCUCAGUUGGAGAUCGUCGCCGCAAAAGGUGAUAUCGACGAAGCGAUUAAUAGCUGUGAAAUUGCUUUGGAUAUCGCAAUCGGGUAAAAUGUUACGUUCAUGAGAUUUUUGAUACUAGCUUUUUUGGGGGAAUGUAAACUUGAGGUGCAAGGAAAGAGGGAAUCAUACUUUGUACGGACUGAUGGAUUUUACGCCGAACAUCGUCGGUUGCAUUUUAGUUCGAGGUGGAUGAGAUAAUCAGGUGAAGUUUCGCAUAUUGAAGGCUAACUAUUUUGCUAAAUUCAAAAUCAUAGUCCAACCAUUGCUUACUGGCUACGAGUGGACAUAAUUCUGUUUAUAGCAUUUUCGGGCCUCUUUGGUCUUUUUGUGCUGCUAAUGAGUUCUCAGUGGUUUUUGAGAGCAGCUUUUUAUUGUUCUGGUUGACUUUCUGGUGAUACGCUGAGGAUAGUUUCGGGACAGAAAGGCUAAGUGAUUGACAGAUUGGAGUCUCGUAACAUGUAGGCAAAGUGAUUGACAUAUUGGAGUCUCGUACCAGACAGGCUAUGUGAUUGACGGAUCGGAGUCGACACAUCCACUAUCGUUUUAGUUAAAAAAUUAAAUCUCGAAAUUGGUUUGACUCCUUCCAUUACUGAUGACUUCUUCUGGCAGCCGGUAGCCUGUUAAUGGUAGCUGAGAGAACUGGUAAUUACCUGGUGAGUUUAUCGCCACGGCGAACCAUUAUAAUAAAAGGUGUCCUAGUGAGGCGCGCAGAAAGAUUUUCGCUUGGAAAACUAUAUUGAUUCCUUGCCAAACUGCUUGACUGCUCCGUUCGACGGGACCAGAGUCGCUCCACCCUACGGCAGUCGGUCGGCUCGCUUUUAAUGCAAAGUGGCCUUCCUAUCAACUAACUGGUUAAGUUAUCUUGUGGGUGGAGUAUUAGCGCAUUGGAUACCUAAGUUUCGCAUCAGGCUAAAUGAAAAAAAAAUCUUACAGAUAGUUUAUGAGAAUUUUGGUUGAGAUCAUAACCGCGAUAGACUUUUACAAAUUGCAAUAAGCAGUAUUUGUGGACGUACGCUCGAUAUAUCGGCAGGCAGACUCCUGUCACUCGCUCAAAACAAGUGUAUCACAGGGAUAUUUAUUUGAUUUCUUGGAUAGCUCUCGCCGUUGGCAGAAAACCUCUUGACUCGCUGGUUGGAUACAAUGAUUUGAUCGAAGUGGUAAACUAGAACUCCGUGGGAUUAGGAACUCAAAACGCUGACAACGCCUGCAGAGACGCCUUGCAAUUUCCAAGAGAACGAACAGGUUGAUGAGAAACUUCCAAGAAUCAUCUCCUGUGUUGGCUAAGUUGAGUUACGAGGAAAUUAUAAGCUGUUUCGACAUUACUGCCAUUUUUUUGUUCUUGAACGGAGGAAAAACAAUGAUACUGCUCUAAAAACUUGAUUGUGCGACACACACUAUGAUUGAAACGAAAACACAAUGGCAUAUCACGUUCGCCUGUCACAGCCAAAUUAGUCCGAAAGCGACGUUCGACAGAAUGAUUUCUUUCGCGAAGCACUGCACUAGCAAGUAGGAUUGAUCUGAUCCGGAGUAAUGUCACAUGUUGGAUAGUGAGUAUCAUAAAGUACCGGUACGCGUGUUGAAGGAUUAUCAGUAGUGACAACAUUUCAUGAAGGAUAAAUAUAAAGCCAAUUCGCAUGUAAGGGAUACAUCUCGAUAUAGUGAUCUACUGGAUGCGAGGUUAAAUGGAAUAUCACAUGCAACAACCUCAAAACCAGUUACAAAUUCAGCUUCAAUAUGGAUAACUGUUCAUUCAACGACACCGCCCUGACGAUGUUCACAAAAGAUGCGUUGAUAUUCCCUCACCACGACAUCAGGAGUACGCAAUACUACAUGUGUGGAAUUUGUCUCACGUUCAUUGCCUACAUGGGGAUAGUACUAAACUGUGUAAGCAUUGCUGUCUUUGCGCGAGACAGGCCAACAAAAACGACAUCGGUGUUUCUGCUUCAAGCGCUAGCCAUUGCUGACAGCAUUUAUUUGAUCAUGAUUUUCUUCCGUUACCCAUUACCCAUUCUCUUAGUAUAUAACAAUAAGGAUUGUACGUUUGGUCCCUAUACCAGAUUCCUGGCACAAAAUCUACAAUACCUACGUAUUCCUCUACGUAGUACUGGCAUCGUUGCAAUAUGGAUGGUCGGGGUUGUGACGCUAGAUCGGUACAUUGCCAUCUAUUACACCUUAAAGGCAACCAAGCUUUGCCGGAUUAAGACAGUGCUGCUGGAAAUAUGCGCAGUGGUGAGUUACGCAACUAUUUAUAGUAUUAGUAAAUAUGUUGUUCUGGAUAUCUAUAACAAGAAACGAAUAAUAUGGAUAUUCUGGACUUGGGAUGCAUUUAACACUUUGACGCCAGUUUUAGUUGUGUUCAUUUUAAACUUCCGCAUAUGGCGUUCUUUGAUUAUUGCCAAUAGAUGGCGCAAAGAGACUAGAGUGUUUUCUAUAAAACAUAAAUCAACAUCGCGCAAUAGCAGUGACGAGAACAUCAACCUGACGACAAGGUUGACGGAAGAUCGUUCAAUUAACGGCAAUCAAUUCAUGAAAGUGCGGAGUCACACUAAGAAACUCAGUGAUACGUCGUCCCAUCAUUCUCAUCAUUCCCAUCAUUCUCAUAAAGAAAAGAAGUUCCAUGACACCAGUCACAGCGAUAUUACUGCGCGCCUCAUUGCAGUGGCGACAACUUAUUUAAUCUGCGAAAGUCCCAUGUUGAUACUGUCAGUGUAUAUAAUCCUAAACUCGUGGUUCAGCAUUGAAAUGGACAAGCGGACUGCGCACAUACUAUUUUUGAUCGCGCAUGCGCUUCAGUGUAUCAACUCCUCAAUAAAUUUCUUCCUGUACUUUUUCUCUGGAAGGAAAUUCCGCAAAAAUCUUGAAGAGUUGAUGCAAUGUUGCAGGCAGAGGCGGAAACAUUCCAGAACGUCACUGAUCAGGCUGUCUUACGCUAACAAUGUAUAUAGAACAUGCAAUUCUGAAAUGUCAGGGAUAUAUUGAUGAGACCUGUUACAUGAUAUUUCACCACCGUUUCGAAUCUGAGAAGUGAGCCCGGAUCGACGCCUCCCUGAUCUUUGGUGCCUGGUGCUUUUGAUCAAGUCGACCUUUUUGAAUCAAUGCCCUGAUAAGCAGUUCUCCAGGAAAAGGUUGCACAAUUGGAUGAUUAGGAAAAUUUCCUGUAAGGGGCAACGAUCAGUUUUAUCAGUUUGACCCUUAAUCUGAAAUAAAGUCGCAAGACAAUUCGAGCUGACAUUCGACAAUUUUGGUUGCUAAAACAAUAGCCGUCUCAGAACUUGUAGCUGGGUCUUCAUUUUUUCUUGAUCAGAAAUAUGUAGCAGCACGACAAUUCGAAGUGACAUUCGACAAUUUUGGUAGCACAAAGAAUAGCAGUUGUCUUACAAAAGGCCGUCGCUGCAACAGUGCCGACUUAUUGGCGGUGAAUAUCCGAUAUACGCACAACGACGGUGGAUCGGCAUGUCACUGCAAUAGCAACAUAUAUGGUACCGUAUAAAGUGUGCAUGAUUUAGUAAUGUCACUCUUCAUCAGUGACUCCAUUUUUAGCUCACCUCUUAGCAGAGGUGAGCUUAUCCCAUACCGUGGCGUCCGUCGUCCGUCGUCGUCGUCCGUCGUCCGUUAGCAGGGCACGUUUCGUAACUGUUAGAGCUAUUGAGUUGAAACUUGGUACACAUGUACCCUUAUGUAAUGACACCUUGGAGACCAAGUUUCGGUCCGAUUCGUUUCAUGGUUUGGCCACCAGCGGGCCAAACGUUAAAAGGGAAAAUAUGCAAUAUCUCCCUUAAUAGUAGUCGGGAAAUUUUGAAAAAAAUGUGGUAGGUACUUCUAGCAAAGGUGCAUCAUAUAUCCUCCGGGUUUUUGAUUUGACCUCCUUUUCAAGGUCACAGAGGUCAAAGUUUGCUGAUUCACUGAACGGCGCAUGUUUCCUAUCUAUUUUAGCGAGAAGGUUUUAAACCAGUGUGGACAUGUAUCUGGGGAUUCUCUAUUCCACCCCUAAAAUUUCGGCCGUUCGGACAUCAAAUAUGGCCGCCAGGCAGCCAUCUUGAAAAAUAAACACAGUACUAUUACUCCGAAACUAAUGAUCGGAUUGCAACCAAAUUUGAUCUGGAUGUAUAUCUAUGUACUCUCUACUAAAUCCUUUUUUUUUAUUAAAUGUGAUAGCCAAUAUGGGUGCCAGGCGGGCAUCUUGAAAAAUUCUUAGUUUGGCCA